AUGGGUUUUCACAUCCCUCGCCCGCGUCGUUCGAGCCCGUUCUGGCAAAAUGUUAUUGCCGGAUUCAUAGUCGGCAUUACCGCAGGGAUUUAUCUCUCCCUCAAUGUGUUGGGUGCGGGCGGUGGUCGACCGAACUCCGCCAAAACUAUUCAGAUCGCCAACGCAACCGCCUGUACGGUGUGGUUCUUCUCGUCAUUUAUCGGAGGAAGUGUCUUGAACGUGCUCGGUCCCGCGUUGACCGGCUUCCUUGGCUGCAUUGGGUAUAUCAUCUACGUCGGCGCUUUGUGGUACUUUGAUCAAUAUGGCCACCCUUGGUUUCCAUAUCUCUCCGGAGUCCUCAUUGGGGCAAGCUAUGCAUCUGCCGGUCUUUUACUCAUCGUCAUGGGUUACAUCGCAAUCUCAUACUCGGAGGAGAAGGAACGAGGCAUGUUUGUGACCAUCACUUUCAACAUAUUCGCCACGGGCUGUGCCGUCGGAUCGUUCAUCCCGCUGAUUAUCAACCGGAGCGAGUCUGCGAGUGGUGGUUGCCCGACGUCUGUUUACAUUUCAUUUGUGGUCAUCAUGACUGUCGGGAGUAUGGCGUCUUUCCUACUCCUACCCCCCGAAAAAAUCAUUCGCGAAUCAGGUGAAGGGAUCGUGAUCCACAAAUCGAGGCCUUUCCUCGAAGAGGUCAGGUUGACAAUCUAUACCUUGAAGGACUGGAGACUAUGGCUCAUGAUUCCGGCUUUCAUUCCAGGAGAAUCGUACCUUGUCUACAGCGGCUCCGUCAAUGCCUAUCACAACAAUCUGCGCACAAGGUGCCUCUUAGGUUUCAUGGCCAUCAUUUUCCAGAUCAUCUUCUCCAUUCCACUGAUGUACAUCUUUGACCACCAAAAAUGGAAACGUAGAACCCGAGCGCUCGUCGGUUUGGCCGUUGUGGCAAUCCCUCUCCUGGCCGCGUGGGUCUGGGAAGUGAUCCGGGUGCGCAACUACGACCGCAACAACCCGCCGGUGGAAGGAAUGGAUUGGACCGACCCAAACUUUGCCCCGAUCUUCAUCCUCUUUGUCAUGAACUUCGUCUCCGGAUGUCUUUGGACCAACCUAAUUUACUACUUUCUCGGCACUCUCAGCAAUGAUCCUCGCAAGGCCGCAAACUACACGGGUGUUUUUCGCGCUAUUCUGGGCGCCGGCGAGGCCGUCAACUUUGGUGUCGACUCCAUAGGAGUUCCAUAUAUCAAGGAGGCGGGGACAAUUCUGGCCUUCUUCGUGGUGGGUGCCGCUGGACUCCUUUACCUGGCACUGUUCGAAGUCAAGGAGACCAUGUACUUCGAAGAAGAGGACGUCGUCGUCCCCAGUCACGUGAUCGAGGAAGCAGUUAUCAAAGGGGAGCGUGAUGAUAAGACCCCCGCCAGCUAUGCUGUGGACAAAAGCCCGAGUGUCACCGCCGAGACCAAAGGGUAA